AUGUCAAGUACGGGCCGAAGCAAGAUGGGCGCUGAGCCCUAUAUGAUGCUGGAUCGAGUGCAGCUGAGGUGUUACUAUCCGCGUGAAAUCGAACAACUCAGUGUGGGACAUCCAAUUCGUGGUGGCUUAUAUGAUCCAAGAUUGGGACCAUCGGAGAGCAGUGAUACCUGUGAGACAUGCCAUCAGCAAGGAGCCUAUUGCCCCGGACACAUGGGAUAUAUUCAGCUGGAUGUGCCCGUUUUCAAUCCGCUUCUGUUCAACUUCCCUUUUUCCAUAAUGAAAGGAACUUGUGUACAAUGCCAUCGAUUAACAUGCAAUUCAUUAAGUUUAUCGGCGAAAUUACUCUUGGCACAGCUUCGAGCACUGGAUCUUGGUCUUAUUUCAGUGGCCCAGGAACUGGGUUCUUUUGUCCGAGAUCGUUUUGCUAGCGGAGCUCCAUCUGAUUCAUUAGACGGCAACAUGCCCACCCUGUCUGAUGAAAUGAAUGCUUGCAAGGAGCUGGAAAAUUUCUUUAACGAACUAAGCCAACGAAUGCCAGCAACCAAUACGAAAAGCUCACUUUCUUAUCCAGUUAAAAAUAGCGUGGAAUUGAGGCGAUCGUUGAUUCGGAAUUUUUGCAAAGAGCAACUAGUUUAA